GCUCUAGUUAGCAACGCAGAAUUGCCGAUGCUUGUCGAAGGACUGUGCGCCUCGGCAUCAUGCUGCGGAAGCUCUGGGGGAAAGAUGGUGAUGCUUUUAGCUCAGCAGAAGAGGCUGCAGUGACAAAACUGGCAUCGGCCCACAGCCGACUUGUCAUAGAAAGUGGCCGGGUGAAUACGAAGAGUGAGGCUGGAUUCAAUUCCUGCGCUUUAUUUCUGGAGGGCCUGGAUUCCACUUCAAGGGCUAUGCACCUUGAACCCGCUCCCAGGAAGUACCGAACAGCUUUCACAAUCAAUUAUCGAGCAUUGUUUCCGGACGAGGCGCGCAAUUAUCGAGUAGAUGUUCUGGAGGCAAGUGUGGAGCAAUACGCCGUGAUCUGGGUCAACGGCGACAAGUUCGAGUUCAGCGCAGAAGCCAUGCGCCGUGCAGAGGCUUUGCAACGGUGCCUGGCAGAUUUGGCAGCUCUGCUCGAGCGAUGGAUCUCGGAGCAGGCUCGGGCGAGCAGACCAUCAAGAUCUGAUAUGCACAAUGCACUUGUUUCUUUGGACGCAUCCUGGGCAAGCUUCGAGCACAAGUACAUCAUGGAGUUGAUUGAAAUUGAAGAGAAAGCAAGAAGACUCGUGGUUCAGGCCAUAGAGCGUGAAAAAAGUCUCCACUUGAUGGAGGACAGCAACCAAGAUCAGGCACUCUCCUCGCGGCCAGAAUAUAGGGAGGAACUGCGGCGCUUCGUGGCUUCGAUUGCCCACCUGAACUCCGUAGCCAAUGUUCGCCGCAAGGGCAGAGACGACUUGAGCAUGGAGGUGUUGUUGGAUGCAAUGCAGACGCUAUCUCGAUGCGAUGCAGAGAAAGGUGAGAAUUCGGAGAAGCUGGCGACUGCGCGCAUCCUUGCGAAGGACGUGCUGGAUUCCUUCGCCGCGAUGCGGGAAUACCUCCGGGAGGUCGGGCGCUGCCUUGAACGAGUUGACCCGCACCUCUGCAACAACGCGGGCCUGGUGGCGAGAUUAGUCGACUGGGAGGAGAGUUGGGAGGUUGGGACUCGUUACGUUCAGCAAGAGCGAAUGCUGAGUGCAGUCUGUGACUUGGUGGCGGAAAUUCGCUCAGCACAGCGGAUCGCUCCAGCCCUGGCACAAAUGUGCGAAGAAUGCGAUGUGGAGAUGUUUAUGGUCAUCCCUAGGAUGGCAUGGCUGAGAUGCCUGGACAAGCCGACACUUCUUGAGGGCUUCUUCAAAAGCCUUCUGCCACAUCGGUUUGGAGAGCCCAAUGGUGAGAUGCCUGAAAAGAAAGCGGAGCUGGACGCCUUUACCCAACAGUUCGCAGAUACAAAGGAGCUUCUAAUGGCAGCAAUGUCGCCCACUCAAGGCGGGCUGCUUCGAACAGGAGACUUUGAACGAGCAACUUGGGAGAUGCUUGUCAAGCGGAUAGUAAAUGGAGACAAUGGAAAGGACACAUACCAAUGGAUAUCUCCAAGCCUGAGAGAGCCAGCAGAGAAAGCAGUGGAGGAUCUCAUGCGAAACCUGGAAGCAUGGAGUAUGGAGCUUGCUCGACAUUGUCCAGAGGACUGGAAUCAAUGCUGUGGGAUUUUGGUGCAGUGCCUCUCUGGGACAGAAAAGGAAUCCACCAAAGGUCCGUUUCGUGUGUGAUCAAGUUUCUGGAUGCGAUUGAAUCGUGAGUCGACUAUCCACACAUUUGCUGUGCCUCCAAUUCGUUGCUCGCUGAAGCAUGACCCCAUACUUUGCCAGCCAAUUGAGUGAAUUAUGAGAUUUGCCCGACUGGCGCUUGUCCGACUGUCCUGAAUGUUCAUUGCAGCGCCGUGUGCAACUUUUCAUGCGCCAGUUUUCUAGCAUCCCUGGCAUGUCUUCACUUUGGUAAGGCAGCCUUGUUCCCAAAGGGACAAUUGGAAGACACACGCACAUUAUGGAUGUGUGCCCCUAGCGCAGGAAAGAUAGUUGGCU